GAAAAGAUCAAGGAGAAAGGUUGAGGACGCUAUGGUGCGUGAAUGGAAAACAGAGGCCGUUUGUUUGAAUGUUGGGCGCUCUGUGGAGUUUAGGUCAUCGUUUACUCACAUUUCAUUGAUCACUGCUGUGUGUGUGGGGGACUUACGCACGUAUUCAGCCCAACAUUAUCUACUACCAACCUCAGGUCAUUAACUGUGUAACUACAUGUCUAACACCGCGGUGCUCGUGUUGAUAUGUCCCGGUGUGAACGGUGCUCUUCAGAACAUGGCCUGUUGGUUCCUGCCGGUGUGAUUUCCACCGCAGCUCUUCCGCAUUUUCCUGCCGCUCUCGGGCUGUGACGUGUUGUGCUGACGGCGGCCUCGGACCUGGAGGAGCGGGGGGCUGUAGCAUGACAAGAUCUGGCUCCAGACGUCUCUGCUUCGCUUUCAUCGGAGCUCCAGAAACAACCCCUAACCCCUCCUUCUCUGCUCCUCUCCGGCCCGCCCAAAUAACACAAAAUUCCCGACUGAAUCCAGCCCGAGUCUGGGGGAACCAGGCGGCCUGGGAAGCCGAGACGCAGACAGAGGCCAUCCCUGCAGCGCAAAUCUGCUGUCCAAUGACAAAUGCAGUGCGAGGACAAUGGAUGAGGAUGUCACCAGGCUUGCAAUACAUUCUGAAGAGCCGAAAAUAAUAUUACACGGAUCGGAUGAGGGUGGUGCCGGUGGGCAGGAGUUUGUUGUGGAGCUUCAAGAGACUGUGUUGGUGUCAGAAGGUGACGGGGAAGGCAUGGCAGUUCACAGGUUUGCACCCGAGGAGCUCGUCAUCCAGGAUGCCGUUGAAGAUGUGGUUUCUGAGUAUGUGCACUGCGAUGAAGAUGAUGUUGCUGUAGAGACAUGCGUGAUGGCUCUGGAUGGUGAGGAGGAAGGUGUUGCAAUGGGAGAUAUCCCUGAAGAUGGGCUGGACCCCGAGCAACAGGACGAUGACCAAGAUGGCUGUGGAGAUUAUCUAAUGAUAUCCUUGGAUGAAGCUGGUAAAAUGGUGUCUGAGGAUGGAACAGAAGUAACAGUGGAGGGAGCAGUGGAGGACCAGGAAGUGGAGAAGGAUGAGGAUGGACAAGAGGUGAUAAAGGUGUACAUCUUCAAGGCUGACUCUGGGGAAGAUGACAUGGGAGAAUCAGUCGACAUCAGUGAUGGAGACACUGAGAGUGUGCCGCUAACAGGGUCUUCAGGCCAUACCCUCCGUGAGAAGAUGGUUUACAUGUCUGUCGGGGAUUCUCAUCACAAUCAUGGAAACCACGGUGGGUCCAGGGUGACUGAUGAGGUAUAUAUGGAAGUGGUGGUAGAAGGUGAAGAGCCAGUAACUCACGACCGCUCGUUUGACAGCGUGUCUCUAAGCAAGGACUUCAUGCCUGUGGCCUGGGCAGCUGCUUAUGGCGCAGAGGAUAGUGAAAGUUGUGAAACCCGCAACGGUGCAGCCAGUGCACUGUUGCACAUCGAUGAAUCGGAGGGUGUCGAAGAAAUCAAUAGACAACGCAACAAGAGCAGGAGACGUUCAGAGCCUCGACAAGUCCAGACGGCAAUCAUCAUUGGUCCAUACGGUCAACCUUUGACCGUCUACCCCUGCAUGCUUUGUGGUAAAAAGUUCAAGUCACGAGGUUUCCUGAAACGCCACACAAAGAAUCAUCACCAGGAUGUUCUGACCCGGAAAAAGUACCAAUGCACAGACUGCGAAUUCACCACAAACAAGAAAGCCAGCCUUCACAAUCACAUGGAGGUGCAUGCCCUGAGCAGCAAGGCUGCUUUUGAGUGUGAAAUGUGUGGCAAAGAGUUCCACCAGCAGGCGGCACUGUUCUCCCACAGACUGCAGCACCACCACCGAGAGCCCAAGAGCCAGCCACCUCCAGCGCCCACUAAGAUGCAUAAAUGCAAGUUCUGUGACUAUGAAACUGCUGAGCAGGGCCUACUCAAUCGACACUUGUUGGCUGUUCACAGUAAAAGUUUCCCCCACAUCUGUGUGGAAUGUGGAAAAGGCUUUCGACACCCAUCGGAGUUGAAGAAACACAUGCGCACGCAUACGGGCGAGAAGCCGUACUCCUGCCUGUACUGUGAUUACAAGUCGGCCGAUUCGUCUAAUCUCAAGACGCACAUCAAGACUAAGCAUAGCAAAGAAAUGCCGUACAAAUGUGAGCGCUGUUUCCAGACCUUUGCAGAAGAGGAGGAAUUGAUGCAGCAUGGACUAACGCAUGAAGAGAAUAAGACCCACCAUUGUGCCCACUGUGAUCACAAAAGUUCCAACUCCAGUGACCUGAAGCGCCACAUCAUAUCUGUUCACACCAAGGACUAUCCACAUAAAUGUGCGGUUUGUGGUAAAGGCUUCCACCGACCUUCUGAACUGAAGAAGCACUCAGUAGCGCACCGCACCAAGAAACUCCACCAGUGCCGGCACUGCAACUUUAAAAUUGCAGACCCUUUUGUUCUCAGUCGCCAUAUCUUGUCGGUCCACACAAAGGAGCAACAGUCCUCUCCGGAAAAGAGCGAGGGUAAGAGGACAGAGGCGCACAGUCCUCCUGUGGCGCCUAAAAAGUCUACACCUAGCAGUUCCAGUGGCUCUGGCACUCCUGCUAGAGUGAGUGCAGCUAGCCUAGCCAGCAGUGUGACUGUAGUUAUUGGCAAAGGACAAAAGGAAAGAAGAAUUUACCAGUGCCAGUACUGUGACUACAGCACUGGAGAUGCUUCGGGUUUCAAGCGACAUGUCAUUUCCAUCCACACAAAAGACUAUCCACACCGCUGUGAGAUCUGCUCAAAGGGUUUCCGAAGACCAUCGGAGAAGAACCAGCACAUAAUGCGCCACCACAAGGAUGUAGUGCAGGCAGAGUGACUCUAAACCGAGCCAAAUACUGUGCCACAACAAAGAACUAUGUUGAAGCAACAUCACAUCCCAAUCAGUGCACCCUCAGCACAACACUCACACUCAAAUCGUGCAGUGUGUGUGUGUGUGUGUGUGUGUUUGUGCUGCUUUUAGUCCGCUCCGUUGUUUUGCUCCAUUUUGAUCCUCAGCCUAACAUUGGUUCAGACUUGUAUAACUAUGUACGUAACAUUAAUGCUGACAGUGGUAAAACAGACGCCCCCC